GGAGUCCCGUUUAAUGUCCCACAUUCCUCUCCAGGUCUCAGACAUAAUUCUGUGUCCUGCUGUCCUUGCAGAAUUGUGUUAAGAAUGUGUAAAGAUGGUGUUGACGGUGCGUUUGACUGUGUCUAACAAUAUUAAACACCCGAAAGCUUGUCGGCUCGAAUAAAGCGACGUUUUUACGGAGGAACAUUUCUAUAAAAAAAAGAGAGAGAGAAAACAAUGAGGCCUACCUGUAGAGAUGAGGAACAAGUGUCAAGCUGAGGAACUCAACACACAACAGGCAUGUCCUCACAAAUGCAGGCGUUUUCCUCUCCCUCUGUGUCCUCCAGUGGCCUGUCCCGCUCCAAGAAACUGAAGUUGGAAAACCAUGCAUGGAACGUGAGCAGCCAAUCGGGUGAGAGCAGCUACUAUCAGCACAGCCCGAACCAACCAAAUGGCUCCUCCCCCUCCACAGCUGGAUUCAACCCCAAAUACAACUCCUCCGACCUGGUGUUUCCUCCUCCUGGAGGCUCGCAGGAACAGACAGUGGUACGUGUCGCAGACAGCACUGGCAGCAUCCCGGAGCCUUCAUCCUCCUCCUCAUCCUCAUCCACAUCCAGUCAGCGUGGAAAAGACUCAGGCUCCACCUCUCUGACAUGUGAGGGCUAUCAGAAGCAGGGCAGUCUGAAGCGGAAAAGUGAGGAGGUGGACAGCAGUGACAGUGUGCAGAUUUUGGAGGAGCUGUCGGCUCCUGUGCUUACCAACCGCAUGGCCGUAGGUGGAGGCAACGCCACGGCUCAAUCCAUCGCUCAUUCCACAUCCACCAUCAAAAGCAGCAACUCCCACAGUGAGGGCGACUACCAGCUGGUGCAGCACGAGAUCCUCUGUUCUGUCUCCAACAGCUACGAGGUCCUGGAGUUCCUUGGGCGGGGAACAUUUGGCCAGGUCGCGAAAUGCUGGAAGCGUGGAACUAAUGAGAUUGUGGCCAUUAAGAUUCUCAAGAAUCAUCCAUCAUAUGCCCGCCAGGGUCAAAUAGAGGUGAGCAUCCUCAGCCGUCUGAGCACAGAGAAUGCAGACGAGUUCAACUUUGUGCGUUCUUACGAGUGCUUCCAGCACAAGAACCACACGUGUCUGGUGUUUGAGAUGCUGGAGCAGAACCUCUACGACUUCCUCAAGCACAGCAAGUUCAGUCCACUGCUCCUCAAGUGUAUCCGGCCGGUCCUGCAGCAGGUUGCCACAGCGCUGAUGAAGCUGAAGAGUUUGGGUCUCAUCCACGCUGAUCUGAAGCCUGAAAACAUCAUGCUGGUGGACCCCAUCAGACAGCCCUACAGAGUCAAAGUCAUUGACUUCGGUUCAGCGAGUCAUGUCUCGAAGGCGGUGUGCUCCACCUACCUGCAGUCUAGAUACUACCGAGCUCCUGAGAUCAUUCUGGGCCUUCCUUUCUGUGAGGCCAUUGACAUGUGGUCACUGGGUUGUGUCAUUGCUGAACUGUUUCUGGGCUGGCCUCUGUAUCCAGGAGCCUCAGAAUAUGAUCAGAUUCGGUACAUUUCCCAGACUCAAAGUUUACCAGCUGAGUAUCUCUUGAGUGCUGGCACUAAAACCAGCCGCUUCUUCCACAGAGGCCCAGACUCCAGCUACCCUCUCUGGAGACUCAAGACUCCCACAGAGCACGAGGCAGAGUUUGGGAUAAAAUCCAAAGAGGCUCGCAAAUACAUUUUCAACUGCCUUGAUGACAUGAUGCAGGUCAACAUGACUAACCUGGAGGGGACAGACAACUUGGCAGAGAAGGCUGAUCGGAGGGAGUUCAUUGACCUGCUAAAGAAAAUGCUAACUCUAGACGCAGACAAGCGAAUCACGCCCACCAAGACCCUCAACCACCCGUUUGUGACGAUGGCUCACCUGCUUCACUUCCCACACAGCUCACACGUAAAGUCCUGCUUCCAAAACAUGGAGAUCUGCAAGCGCAGGUGUACCGCCUUCGACAACAAGAACCUGUUCGCCAGCCACAACACCCCCAGCGCAGCUGCCAACCUCACCGUCACCUUCAGCAGUCAACUCAAUCAGCACAGCCAGAUGGCCUCAACGGGGGGCCAGUCCCUGUCUCUUAGCAGCAAUGUCCCUUUACUGAACUACCAGCCUGGUCUGUACCAGCAGGCCACUAUAAAUAUACCAGGCUUGGCUCAGCAGAGUGUGCCAUUGCAGGCUCGCCCUACUCAGCUGUGUGCCCAGACAGAGCCCUUCCAGCAAACCCUCAUUGUGUGCCCUCCUACCAUCCAGGGGCUGCAGACCUCCAAUAAACACGCUGGAUAUCCAGUGAGAAUGGAAAACUCUGUUCCUAUAGUGCCCCAGAACCAGUCCACCCAGCCACUACACAUUCAGCCCAGCAUGCUCACACAGUUCCUCCACACAUCCCUCUAUCCCUUCCCCAACCAGACGGUGGCCUCCCUGCGUCUUCCAGUGGCCUUGGGCUCUCGGCGGCUGGAGCAGAGUGCCACCAUGCUGCAGGGCUGGCCAGCAGGGACCCAGCAGAUCCUCAUUCCCUCUUCAUGGCAGCAGAUGUCAGGCAUGGCCAUGCACAGUCCCAGCCAGCCUGUGCUGUCCGAUUCACCCAUGGGCUCUCUGCUCUCAGACAACACCACACAGCAGAACAGUAGCUGGAGGGGUCGACAUGGAGGUCAGUGCGAUGGGACGCAGCAGUGCUCUGCAGCCCACACGGGGGCAGCCAGAAGUCGAACACAGCAGAGUGGAGCGAAGAGGUCAAAGGUGCGACAUGCCGAGAGCAAAGCCAGACCCACGUCGUCCCAGCAGCCGACUUCUUCAGUAGCACACAGCUGCGGUGAUGCGUCCCAGCCCAUCAUCAUCUGUGACACACCCAGCCCCGCCGUCAGCAUCAUCACCAUCCACAGCGACUCUGAGGAUGAGGACGACAGGAAGUUUCCUCCUGAAAGCUGUAGUGUGCACCAGCGCACAAACGUCAUCAGCUGUGUGACUGUACAUGACUCCCAGGACUCAGACUCCUCCACCAGCACCCCUCUCAGCCCCAAAUGCCUUCCCAACUUCAUUGAGAACAACACUCACUCCAAGUCUCUAGCCGUGGUCGCGCCGUCAAUGAAAACACAGCUCUGGGAUGGAGCGUCAGGAGAGCAAAGUGCUAAUACUUCUGGGAAGUCAAAGAAAAGAAUGGCCUCACAGUCCAGCGACCGGCAUCAGAGAGCAGCAUCGAACCGAUCUCAGCCUCUCAACCUGAGCCAGACGCAGCAAUCAAUGAUGUCAUCCCACGAUCGUGCAGGGGGCGGAUCCCUGAGACGCCAGCCCACCUACCCCCCUACAGGCCCCUCCCACUCCUACAGGCUUCAUGAAACAUCGCUCUUUGGCUCCGCCUCCAGUCUGUACGCAUACCCUGCAUCUGCAGCCCUGGCCUCUGUGUCGCAGGCCGUGGACCAGCUGCACAAUUCAGCCGGUUCCUCCUGUUCCUCUUCCUCUGGCCGGCACACAUGCACCGCCGGGCCGUACUCGGCCUCUCUGAGCCUUCUGCAGAAGAACAGUGCCAUGGGCGUCAUGUGUCCGGCUUCAGCUCCGUACCAGCAACAGCAGCUGUCCACACCGUCCUACCAGCGGUCUGCGGCGUUCCCCCUCAGCCAGAGGAAACUCAAGCAGUACCCGUACCUGUGAGGAGCAUCUGUGUGCGUUGAUGUAUGGAAUAUGCCAGGAUGGUGUCAUGGAUGUUCAUGUGGAAAUGCAGUUUUAACCUUGUAUAUUUAAUUUUAGUGUUUUAUUUUCUUUUAUGCAUUUCAGUGGAGCACGUCUUGCAUUUUAGAUCAUUUCAAACCAUGUCAUUAACACAAAACAUUUGGCUGUUUCUUAAAAUAUCACCUGCAGAGAAGCCUCUGGAUGUCCAGAAGAAACAAAUGUUAAAGAUAUUUUAAAAAAGGCCACUUUUUUUAAUCAUGGAGGAAUUUAAUCUGAUUUGAUUUGGUAAUUAGAGAAUUAUAUUUCUCAAAUAUUUCAGCUGUCUUUGGGAUGUGCGUCAGCAGACAAAGAACAGCUAAAAUUAUAUUUAUAAACCUUUCAUUGAUGCUUGCCCAAUUAUAAAAAUGUGUUGAAAUGAUACAUAAGUGACGUCUCUUUGACAACACUAAAGCAUUCUUUUGGCAGACCCAAAUUUUAUAUUUGGGAUGAUUACGUUUGCAACAUAUUUUUAAGUGACGGCAGCAUGACACAGGAUUUCAUCAUCACUGACUAGAAACUGAACAAGUCAAAAUAUCAGGAGAAAGUCAGCUAAAUAUGAUACACAGCACAGCAGUUUAUAUAUAUCACAUUUAUGCUGAAAUGUAUUUCCUGUUGUUUAUUAUUAUUAUCAAACAGUCCUGUUUACUCAGUAACCAUAUGAAUAUGUUUUGAAAUAGUCUUUUUUAUAUGUAUAAUGUUUAAUAAGUGACAUUUUAUUUCCAUAUACAUUUUUGUGUCAGAGCUGUCUAGUUGCACACUAAAUAAUCAAGGUUUUGCUGUAUAACUUUCACUGUGCUUUAUUUAUUUACUGAAGAAAUGUGGUCUUCUAAUGAGUUGUGUAAAACCUAAAAAUAAUUGUGCUUUCUUUUAAAUCAUUUUAAUUCUCUUCAACUUUGUAUUAUUUUUUUACAUUGGUUUAAAAGUAUCCUCUUGUUCGACUAGCACUUAUGUUUAUGAUUUGAUUUGUAUGUUAUGUUUUAUGAGUGGAUUUGUCAGCGUGAUUUGUCAGGAUGGUUACUUGUCAUUUGUUCUGUAAUGUUAUCAGCAAAACAUGAUGUGUCUAAAAGAUGAUGGUGUGUGUGUGUGGGGGGGAGAACCUGCCCUGUUUGCACAGUGAAAUCAGAGCAGAAUCUCACAGAUUAUCAGACUAUUUGGUUAGCACUUAAACAGAUGGUUAACAUGUUAGCUGUUCAUCUCAGUU